GUCUUCGCAGAAUGCGGUAGUUUCCCUCCAUUGUUAUAUAUCCGGGUCAGUUACACCCCUUUCCGGCGUGAAAACAACGUGAAACGCGACAUAAACAAACAGGACAGUCGUGUCGUGUGUAGUUAGCUGUUGUCUCUGACUCCAGACGGUUGUAAACAUAGCUCGGAUGCACAGUUAGCCCCGGUCGGUUCGCUUUGGGCGGAGGAGUGACGGUUAGCAUGGUGAAGUGUGUUGUCUCCGGGUGUCCCAACCGUUUACUUAACGUUAACCGGGGGAUCUUACACCGCCCACCGAAGAGGUUCUUCAACUUCCCCAAAGACCCCGCGCGAGUCAAGGUAUGGCUGGCAGCACUGAGGGAGACGGACAAGCAAGACUCGACAGAGCAGCACAUAAUCUGCGAGGACCACUUCCUGCCUGACGACAUCGCCACCAACGGGGUCACCAGUGACGCCAUUCCCAUCAUGCCCCCUUACCUGGACGGGCCGCUGGGCAUGAUCAGCCCCUGGGGAGCCGAGUCGUCUGAGGAAGAAGAUCAGUGGGCCGGUGGCGGCGGCGGCGAGGAAGAGGAAGAUGAAGGUGGAGAUGAAGCUCCUGCUAAUGUGGAGCCUCCUGCACCAGAACCACCGGCACCGGAUCCUCCACGGCGGGUCAGGACUGAGUCUGCUGAUCCUGGUUUGAAGAAACCUUCAGGAGCGAAGACGACCAGUGCUGGCCUCCAUCAGAAGAAAGAGAUCCAGACUAAGAGAGUUUCCAGACAGGACGUGUCUCUGGGGCUGCUGACGCGGCGUUUCCUGGAGCUGUUGCUGGCGGCUCCGGACGGCUCGCUGGACCUCAGGCACGUGGCCACGAGCCUGCAGACCCGCAAGCGGCGAGUCUAUGACAUCACCAACGUCCUCACCGGCAUCAGCCUUAUCGAGAAGCAGUCGGCCAGCAGGAUCAAGUGGACAGGAAAGAGUCCGAUCUCCAGCUUUCUGUGGAAGAACCAGCAGAGGUUCCAGAAAGAGCUGGAGAACCUGAAGCUGGUGGAGGACACGCUGGACGGCCUGAUCAAAAGCUGCGCCCAGCAGCUCUUCGACAUGACCGACGACACGGAAAACUCAGAGUCGGCUUAUGUGACCUACGAGGACAUCAGUCGGCUCAGAGCCUUCCAGGAACAGACGCUGAUCGUCGUCAAAGCUCCGGAGGAAACUAAACUGGAGGUUCCUGCACCUAAAGAGGACAGCAUCCAGGUCCAUCUGAAGGGGGGGAGGGGUCCCAUCAUGGUGCUGACCUCUGAUACGGGGUCAGGAGACGUCGUGACUGGAGAGAAGAGCGGCUGCUUCUUAAUGCUGGAGGAAAGCCGGAUAAAGACGGCUGUGCUGCACACAGAGUCCUCGAGUCCACAGAGCACCGUGCAGAGCGCAUAGCCACCAGCUGACCACCGGGAGGCGCCAGUUGUCCUCAGGGUCCAGACGCAAACCUGGAAGAGUUACAGAGGCCCGAACAGAUUGUUUCCAGGUAUCAAGAGGACUGAAAGUUGCACAAAGCGUCUGGUUCAGGCUGGAACGUUAAAGAUCUCAACUGACUGCAAGCUCAUACAUGCCACUUGUUUAAAAUUUAAAUAAACAUCAGCUGAUGUCUGUUUAAAUCAGCUGAAACACACAUGUUGGGCAAUAUAACAGAGUUUUGAUAAGGAUGGACCAUUUUAAGUUCUUUUUUUUAUAUAUAUAUAUAUGUAUAUUAAACUCCUGGAGGUGUUAGUCCUGUUCAGAGGAGUCCUCUUGUUCUGCUGAGCUCUCAGGAGAAGAAAUGUAAAUGACGAAGGUGAGGAAGGACGUUUGUAGCUUUAUUUUUGUAUGAGAGAUGACAGAAAGGAGUGAAUGAGCUCAUUUAUAGAUGCAAUACACAGCUGUGCCUCUGUACUGUAGAGAGGUGCAGUGUUUCUACAUUAUCAUCACGUGCUGACUUACAUGUGCUGCAUCAUAUUUUACUUCUUUUUUUCUUUUUUUUUUCCUGUUUUUGACUUUGUGUUUUUGGAUAUAUAAAUGUUUUCAUCUUGGUUUGAAAUUUCUAAUGAAAAAAACACACCUCAAAGAUGCUGUAAUCAAUAAAAAAGCUCAUAUUAAA